CCAAAAGUGAAGUAAAGCAGCCAUGGUUCAUCUCACUAAGCUUCUUUCUUCUUCUUCCUAUCAGUUUCUUCCUUUUGCAUUGUUGCUGUUAUCUGUUUCCUUAAAAACAAAGGCUGUGUUGAAACUACCACCGAAUGUGUCUGUUCCAGCAGUGUUUGUGUUCGGAGAUUCAGUGGUGGACACAGGCAACAACAACAACAGAACGACAUCGUUUGCUAGGUCGAAUUUCCCUCCGUAUGGGAGAGACUUUGAAGGUGGCGUCCCGACUGGUAGAUUCAGCAAUGGAAAGGUUCCAUCAGACCUUAUAGUUGAAGAAUUGGGAAUCAAGGAGCUUCUGCCAGCAUAUUUAAAGCCAAAUCUCGAGGCUAGUGAUUUGGUGACAGGGGUCUGUUUUGCUUCAGGUGGCUCAGGAUACGACCCUUUGACCUCCAUAUUAGAGGGAUCAAUGUCGUUAAGUGGGCAACUUGAUCUGUUGAAAGAUUACAUAGUGAAAGUAAAAGGUUUGGUCGGAGAUGAGAGAGCAAAGUUUAUCUUAGCCAACAGUCUUUUCAUCGUGGUAGCAGGAAGCAGUGACAUUUCCAACACCUACCGCACUCGAUCUCUCCUCUACGAUCUUCCUUCUUACUCUGAUCUUCUUCUGAACUCAGCUUCCACCUUUUUGACGGAAUUGAAUGAGUUAGGUGCAAGGAGGAUUGCAGUGUUCAGUGCACCUCCAAUUGGGUGUUUGCCAUUUCAGAGAACAGUGGGUGGAGGAAUGGAGAAAAAGUGUGCACCAAGGCCCAACAAUUUGGCCCAAUUGUUUAACACCAAAUUGUCCAACUUUCUGCGUUCUCUCAAUCGUAACUUUCCCAGUAGCAGAAAUGUUUUCGUCAAUGUUUAUGACCCUCUGCUCGACAUCAUCCUCAAUUACCAAAAAUAUGGGUAUAAAGUGGGAGACACUGGAUGCUGUGGAACAGGGAGAAUAGAGGUUGCAAUACUAUGCAAUAGUUUGGAUUCUACGUGUCCGAAUGUUGAAGAUUAUGUGUUUUGGGACAGUUUUCAUCCCACAGAAAGCGCUUACAAAAGGCUCAUAGCUCCUAUUCUUCAAAAAUAUUUGUACCAAUUCAAGUGAGCUUUUAGAAUUUGUUCUCGUUAGUUGUUUUCGUUACCUCGGAUAACUGUUUCUGUUGCUGUUUAUGAAUUUCAUCUGUCAGGAAAUUUCUGUGGAUUUAUAUUAUAUAAUUAUUAGUACUCAUUGAAAAUAAAUAACACCCUCGUUUACUUGA